AUGCAGGCAGUAGAACGCUGCUCAGCGCUUGCGCAUGGAGCUCCCACCCUGUUUGCAAGACCACAUGGAAUUGCAGACAAUCUGCCACAUAUACCGUGCAGCAUUUCAGAGUAUAAGGUUCGGCCAAGUUCAAGAAGAGCAGCUCGACUGCGAGUGAGCGCUGUCUCAAAGGAAGGGCUCGAGAAGGUGCAGCGUGCGAUCAGUCAGGCGCAGUCAGAAGACAAGCGGAAACCAGGCAUCCCCCCUCCCCCCCUCGACGCCGGCCCGGGCCUCAUCAACCUCUCCGGCCGCGACGACCUCGAAACUCGUCGCGCCCCAUUCGUGAAACCUCUUUCUACCCCCCCAGCAGAGCCAUUGACACCGCCCGAACCAGUCUCUAGUCAGAAACCGGCAGAUGGACCGUCGGUGUCAGGAAAGGAAGAGGGAAAAGAGAGCUGGCUGUUGCCAUCGCCGUUGACACCGGGACAAAGGGUGAUCGUUCUGGAAAUGAUCGGGCUAACGGUGGUGGCAUUCGGAAGGUCGUCGGAGGGGGUGGUUCCGGAGGAAGUGCUUGGGUUUCUGCAGUUAUGGAUGCGGCUAGCGUGGGGGGGGCAUGCGUUUCUAGGCGUGGUGGCUGCGGUUCUGGCGGCAGGAAAAGGACGGACGCCCCUCAAGUGGUUCGUCAAGGUUGCUGCUAGCGGCGCGCUAGGCCUGCAAGAGCUGCUGGCUUUGCCCAAGCGGAGUUAA